AUGGCUUUCUUUUUAUGGAUAGUAUGGCAUAGAAAGUUACCUGUUGAUGAUGUUUUGGCUUUUAUGGGGAUUAAUCUGGCUUCAAUAUGUAGAUGUUGCAUGGUUCCACAACAAGAGACUAUGAUUCAUAUGUUUUUAACUGGGGAAUUUGCAGUAGAUAUUUGGCAGGUAUUUGCAACCGCAGUAGGAGUUAAUGGUCCUUUUGUACAGAUCAAUCAAGCUAUCACUAAAUGGUGGACAGCAAAGUGCAACUCCAAGCUGAGGCCUCUUUAUCAAGCAGCUCCAUCCAUCAUUAUGUAUCAUUUGUGGAAAAGGAGAAAUACUAUUGUGCAUGGGGGGAGGAUAUCUAGAAACCAAGUAUUAUAUGGCAUUAAUCAGCACCUGGUCCAACUUGCUAAACAACUUUAUCCAGGCUUGACACUGCCAGAUAAUUGGCCACAACUGGUACAUGUUUUAGAAGUUCAUCAGCCAUAUAUCACUUGUACAACUGUGCAGUGGUUAGUUCGUCCAACAGGUUGGUUCAAGUGUAACACAGAUGGGGCUUAUAAGAGCAGUACUGGUCAGAGUUCUUCAGCUUUCUGUAUAAGAGAUAGUGCAGGGGACUUAAUGUUUGCAUGGGCAAGUACAAAAGCAGAAACAUCCUCUCUUGAGGCUGAGGCAAAGGCAAUCUUAGAAGGAGAUCUUGCAGCUGAGGCAAAGCUUAUUGUUUUAAGUGACAAAAUGCAGAUGCCAAGCUUUAGAUUCAAGACUUGGAAAACUAGGGAACCAGAUUGA